AUGAGGGCAAGCCGUAGGGCAGCAGCAGGACGAGCAGGGCCAAGCAUCCAUCCCUACGACUACGACGACGACGACAACGAUGCAUGGAAGCAUGACUACUCGGUCACUCUGAUCUUCUGCCUGCCUGCCUGCCUGCCUGCCUUCCUUGGCGAAAAUAAAGUGAAGCACGGCACGCACAGUAGCAGCAUCGAGAAGCCUCCUGUCACGGUGGUCAGGUCCAAGCCCAUGUGUGUGUCUGUGUGUGUGUCUGUGGUCGGCUCUAGAAGGCCACUGUCUCUCGUGGAAUCCGAGACACAGCCCACCAUGAUGAGUGGAAUGCCUUACCUAUCUCCAUCUCUACUUGGUACUCUUGCCCCUCCCCCUCCCUACUCGGGGCUACAGGGCACGGCGGUUGCAUCGCCAGGACAGACCCGGCCACUUUCACCCACACACGACUCCACGAAUCAGUCACGGGCCACCCAACUCGAUCCGUCCCGAAAGAGAUGGGAUGGGACCAUCCACCCUAGCCCCCGUCCGCGUGGUUGGACGAUGGCGAUGCCGCUUAUGUGGUGGACUUCUCUUUGGCCACCAAAAACCUUCGCUCCCACCAAGAGCCCCGCCGUCGAUAUCGUUUGGAUGAGCUGGAUUGGGGCAGACAAGGGAGGUCGGUGGUUCGGGUCAUCGGUCGAGUCCUUGUACUGGUGGAACAUGGAGAUGGCACUGCACUGUCCUCCACCGACUCCACUCGAGUCCUCCACUCUUUCCGCCCAGUGCUGGCUGUCCUCAACUGGCGACUUUCCAAAGUUGCUGCGUAACCUUCCGUGGCCUCGGGCCUCCUCGCUAGCACCCCCGAUCCCCUAG